UCUCUGGUCAUUUCGCUUUUUGAAAAACAUGUUUCCUUCAAGCACACAACUUCAACACUGGACAUUCAAAAAUGAAGCAGAAAUAACACAAUAUCGUGAAGAGGCGAAUGCAAAAUUUAUCGCAAGACAUGGUGCCAAUGUACCACCCGAGGAAAUAGCAGAGAUAUUCCUUACACCUUCCGAAGAACGGAUUUUGGUUCACAGUUAUGAAUCACAUUUGCGUGAAUUUUGCAAACGUUUCUCUCCUCCCAUGCCUCGAGCAGUCAUUGGAACAGCAUUUCACUACUUUAAAAGGUUCUAUGUAUUUAAUUCUGUGAUGGACUAUCAUCCCAAAGAAAUCUUAGUUACCUGUGUAUACCUAGCUGCUAAAGUGGAAGAAUUUAAUGUUUCAAUAUCUCAAUUUGUUGCCAACGUCAAAGGUGAUCGUGAAAAAGCAACUGACAUAAUUUUGAAUAAUGAGUUAUUAUUGAUGCAGAGAUUACAAUACCAUCUGACUGUACACAAUCCAUACAGACCUGUUGAGGGCCUACUGAUUGAUAUCAAAACACGAGCCCUACUUAACGAUCCAGAACGCCUCAGACCAGCUAUUGAUGAUUUCCUUGAUCGUAGCUAUUUAACAGAUGUAUGUAUUCUGUUUCCACCUUCACAAGUUGCAUUGGCUGCCGUUCUUCAAUCAGCAAGUAGCAACCGAGAAAAUCUUGAUUCAUAUGUGACGGGAACUCUUCUUGGCACUCCAGGAGCAGAAAAGUUACCUGGAUUAAUUGAUGCAGUUAGAAAUAUUAGGAUGAUUGUAAAAGCAUAUGAAACAGUAAACAGGGAUAUUUUUGGUGCUCUAAAUAAGAAGUUGGAGAAAUGUAGGAACCAAGAAAACAAUCCAGAUAGUGCCAUAUAUAAAAAGCGUAUGCAAGAACUUCUUGAAGAUGAGGAUGAGAGGGAAGCUGUGAAGUAUGAAAAGAUAGCACGACAACAGAGGACUACUGAAGAUCAACUUGUUGGAAUAACAAGAGUACUUUCGCCUAGUGCUUCAUAGUUGUGUUUUCUGGAAUAUUUCUUCAUCAAUUCUUAAGACUGCUGUUUUACUCCAUAUAUUGUUUGAAGAUCCCUCACAACUGAAAGUUAAGAGGUGCAUCUUUGUUGUUUCAACAAAUUCUCUAAAGUCCACUUCAACAUAAAAAUAGUGCUUUGAAGGAAGUUUUUUUUUCCUUCUUAUUUUUUGAUAGGAUAAGACCAAAGACAAGUCAAAUUAAAGAAGUGAGACAUAUUAUUUGUUAAGUUAAAAUUCUGUUUUACAAUUAGCAUUCAUAGCCAAUGAUUUAAAGUCUUGUUCCUUCCCUUGUGCCUAUUAAUGAAGUUUGAAGAGCGUUUUGUACAUAAUUUUGUUAAUAAAUUUUUCAAACAUGGCCUGUAAAA